GCACACUCAGUUCCUGGUUGUACACAUCUCACGCGUUUGGGUCGCUCUUGUCUAAGCGCCGAAUGGCAACUUUGGGAGCAUGGAUUUAGACCACUUUUAGUUUUGUCCAGAUUUCUCAACCGAAGCCCACGUUGCGACUGUUCUUGCAUUUUGCAGGCUGAGGUGAAAGCAUGACUCUUUAGAGUCCCAUGUAGUUUUUGUACUGUAGCAUUUCCAGUUUGCAACCACCAGCGAAGCUAGCUAACUUGUUAGCUGGCUACAUUGCAAACCAAAAUGACUGACUGCUGCGCUGCAGCCAAUUGUGGUUAUCAACAAGGAGAGGGCGAGAACACCCCACUCUUCAGUUUUCCACUGGACCCUGAACGUUGUAAAGUAUGGCUGACAAAAUGUCAUCGCGAAGACUUGGCAUCAGAAAUCCCAGACCACAUGCACAAGACUUACAAACUUUGUGCAAAGCACUUUGAGCCUACGAUGAUCUCUCAUCAGGAUGACUCUAGCACUGUUCUAAAAGAAGAUGCUGUUCCAACAAUAUUUGACAUUACAGCACCAGUAAACAAUCAACCAGUCAACAGAAAGCGAGCCGGAGAUCAGUCUGAAGAGGAUCACACCUCUAUAAAGAAAACUAAAGAGACAACUGAUGUGUGUGAUCAAAACAGUUCAGCACUUGAUCUGCAAGAUGAACCCCAAACACAGGAAGAUGCAGCCAUCUGUAAAGCAAAAGAUACACUUAAAGCAUAUUUUAAAGAAAUCUUGGCACUCACUGGAUUCAGCAUAAAUGGCACUAACACCACUGAUGAUCCCAUUGGAGGUGCCAGGGGUCAGCAGUCUCUUAAUCGCAUCUGUGUGGAGAAGAUUGACAAAAAAGAAAUCUUGCAGUUUAGUGAAGACCUGAUGCGUGAAGAAAUCCAAAACAGCCUCCGCUUAGCACGGUUCUUUUCCAUUCUCCUUCAGGAAGUGACCAUUAUAGAGGGAAAGGAGCAGAUUCCAGUUUAUAUUCGCUCUGUCACAGUGGCAGGGCUUCCACAAAAGCAUUUAAUUGGCUUUUUUCCAUGUGAUGUAGAUGCCGAGAAUCUUUUUUACCUUCUUAUCUCAGAGCUGAGAAACAAAUGGGGCCUGCGGAUGGAGCACUGCAGAGGUAUAAGUUAUCUCGUCAAAGGCAAAAUGUGUCAAAAAAUUCGAGACCUCACCUGCAGAAUCCUCCAGGAGUUCCCACAGGUAGUACUCUCUCCAAGUGAGCCGUACGCUUUUAACAUUUGGAUUAUGCGCUGCAUGCCUGUGGCCUCAAUUCAGAAUGUGGCCGACACUGUGGAGGAGGUGGCCUCAUUACUCAGGAGAACGCCCGAGCUUUCCAAGAGACUGGAGGGAAAGAUUCAAAUGGCUUAUGGGCUGAUAAAAGGGGAGGUGGACAGGAUCAAGACAUGUUUAAGUAGUAAUUGGGAAUAUGGCACUGAUGCUUUUCUAACCAUGUUGGACAUCCUGGAGCCAUUCCUUAACUGCAUCAAUGAAAUCAUUUCAAAAGUAGAUGAAGACACUGCUGAACAAAUGGCCAGACUCAAGCCCAUUUUGAAGAAUUUUAAUUUUAUCAUCACUCUUGUUGUUCUGAAAAACACACUCUGUUGUGUUAGCAUAUUAAACUCCAGUCUCAGGGGAAUCAUCAGCGUCAGCAGUACUUUACAGUACAGCAUUUCUAAUGCCUUAAAGCUGCUAAGCAAAUACCAACAAGAGCUUGCAAUAUUACAUAGAAAAUGGUUUGCUGAUGCUGUGGGGAGGGCAAAGAAGCUUGGUGUUGAAAUCACUAAACCUGAGACAGACCAAGCAAACACAGAGACCCCACUAGAAGACUUGUACAGAGAGACUCUGAGCCGGCCCAUCCUACAGUAUCUGGUUCUGGAGGUAAAGAGAGUUUUGGGCAUAGAGAUGGUUCGCAUUCUCCGCUGGCUGUCUUUAGUGCCCUCUUACAUGGCUGACCACAAUUUCAGCAUCCGCAGAGAUAAAGUAGCAGAUGCUAAUCUGAACAACCUUGCGAGGCCAGAUACUUUCUACGAAGAACUGGGCUGUUGGGAAGUGAAGUGGAGACAUGCCAGCAAGCGCAGAAUCCUCCCCACGACUGUGUUUGCCACACUAAAGAUCCCUGACAUCGGCUUCUACCCAAAUGUGCAGAAUCUGCUGAGGGUGCUGGGGACUGUCCCCUGUGUAAAUACUGAGGCAGAUGUGUAUGGGCAGUACCAUAUGGUACAGGAGAGGUGCCAAGUUUACCUGAACACCACACCGGAGGACCAAAGACAGUGCAGCAAGGCAUUCAUCUAUGUAAACCAAGACGUGCACUUCAACGCUGAGAAAAUGGUGGAUUCAUAUGCUCAAAAGCAUCCAGACAUCCUACAGCUGCUGCAAAUGGAUGACAACACUAAAGAGAAGCUUCCACCAGUUGAAAACCAGGGGAACCAUGCUGAGAAGGACACUGAGGAGGAGUUGCAGCUCAUAAACCUGGAGAUGGACGCAGACAGACUGGUAGAGAUGAAGUGUGCAGAGACUGACAGAGAAGCACUGAAGUCAGCUCUGCAGUCUGCGGUGGUGGCCGCUUACAGCAGCCAAAACAGGGACCACCCAGAGGCGCCUCCUGCUCAGGAAGGAGAGACCGAAUAUGUCACUAAGUCCGAAAUGCAAGAGGUUCUGGUGGUGUGUGAGAAUGCGGUCCGAGAGGGAAUCCUCAUGGAAGUUGGAGGCUCAUUCUUUUCCCUGUUUAUUGACAGAGUGGUUAAAAUGGGUGAAAAUAAUUACCUUCCCCUCUUUCUUAGAUUUGUCGAUAGUUUUGAUGUCAUGCGGUUGGAGUUGUUGGGAUUUCUUGAGGCAGAUCUUUCUUGCGAGGCUAUGGUUAAACAUUUAUUUGACAUUGUUACAAAUAAGUGGCACCUCGAUUUAAAAAACUGCAGAGGUCAGGCCUAUUUGGGCUCAGGUGAUGUUUCCUACAAGUUAAAGGCAUUUGCUUGUAAAAUACAAGAGAAGUAUCCACUUGCAAUAAGCACACAUUGUUCUUCAUACUCAUUCAACAUGUGGUGGUCCAAGUCCAUCCCUGUGCCCGCCAUCACCAGAGCUCUGGAGAUCUUUGAGGAGGUCAUGAUGUUUUUCGCCACCAGUGACGCUCUAGAGAAACAACUGGACCAUGUGAUCGCUAAAGGCCUCAGAGAGAGCUAUGAGAAAGUCCAGGAGCUACAGGGAAAAUUCUGUUCAGUUUGGCAGGAGAAGCAUGACUCCUACGAGGUGUUUGUGCAGAUGCUGGAGCCCCUGGUGGAGUGUUUGGUUAAAAUCAAAAACAACACCCAGAGGUGGAAGACCUUGUCUGAACAGGCUCUGGCUCUUCUGCAGAAGAUGAUGGAUUUUGACUUCAUCAUGGCAUUGGUUGUAUUGAAGAACACCUCCUCCUUCACUAAAGACCUGAGUGCUGGCCUUCAGAAGGACCACUUCAGUGCCGCAUCCCAACUGUGCCACAUAGGGGGCAUUGUGGCUACACUCAACAGAGUAAAAACCAAUAUCAAAGUGUUUCAUCAGAACUGGUUUGAUGAGUCCUGUGCCAUCGCACAGUCUCUCCGUGGUCAAAGUGAAGUGCCUGAAAGCUCGUUGCAUAGAGAUGGGAUGAUGAAGCCAGUGACUUUCUACAAAGAUAAUUUGAGCAUGCCACUCGUAGAUAACCUCAUCAAUGCUGUAAAAGACUAUUUCUCAGAUGACCACAAAGAAGCUCUAAAUUUUCUGUCCCUUGUCCCAAGUUCAGUGACAAAGAGCUACAUGUUUGAGAGCCUAAAGUCCAAACUUCCUCUGUACAGCAGUGAUCUUCCUGAUGCUGAUAAUUUCUUCACUGAGCUUUGCUGUUGGAGAGUGACGUGGAAGACCAAGGCUUCGGUCACCACUCCGGGCUCUCUCUUCCAGACUCUGCGUUUGCCCCUGAUGCAGUACUUUGGCAACAUCAACGUGCUGCUGAAGAUCAUGUCUGUCUUGCCCAGCACCGCGCUGGAGGACUGUGGCGUAGUGAUGCGCCACAAGAGGUUUCUGGACUAUCUACGGAGCACAGAUCCCCAGGACCGGACCCCCUGCCUCGCUCUGCUCCAGGUCAGUGCCGACUUCAGCAGAGACCUGGACCGCAUGGUCACCCAGUGUCUGAAGUCCACGCCUCAGGCUCUGGAGGGCAUUUGUCUGGAGAGAGAAUCCAAAUUCUUCAACAAAAACACUGAAGUUCAAAUGGAAGUUGAAACAGUGAAAAUCGAGCAUGAAGUACCUCAGAUUGACCAGCCUUCUCACAAGAUUGAAGACCAGGAGAUGAAGGCUGCAGAUGAGAAUGGCCACAGUGGAGACAAUUGUCCGAGUCUUACAAUAGUUUUCAAAUUAGCAGCAGGAUUAGGAAAAAAGCACUGUAGUUUAUCGGAAAUUACUGAGGAACAGCGUGAGCUCAUGUUCCAGGAGUUGUCCAUGUGCCACUGGUUUGAAAGUGAGAACAAAUGUAACAUCGGUGAGGCCCAAAUGAGUGCACUUGUUAUCCAAGGCAUCAGAGAUUUUAUACUUAAAGAAAUCCAGGACUCUCCGUUCUUCUCACUUAUUAUAGACAAGCCCGUCCAUAUCAAUGACAAAGCUUACUUACCUGUGUUUGUUAGGUAUGUGGGCGAAUCAGUGCCAAAAGUGGAGUUAAUCGGAUUCUUACUGUUUAAUGAGUACUCUGGCGUUGAAGCACAAGCCCGCAAACUGACCAAUGUCCUCUGUGACGACUGGGGACUGAACAUGACCCAGUGUCGCGGACAGGCUUUCAUGAAUCAUGGCACAGGCUUCCAAAGUCUAAAGAAAAUGUCUUUGGAUUUCCUCCAAAGCUACCCACUCGCUGUCGUGACACCUAGCGAGUCUUGCGGCCUUAGUCACUGGCUGGUGCAGGGCGUGCCCUGUCCCUCGGUAGUGAAAACUCUAAAUGUUGCCGAAGACCUUUUGCUGUUUUUUGAUGCCUAUCCCGGUUUGGAGACUCAGUUAGCAAAGGCAGUGGAUGGGCUGCUCAACAUGCCCAGGGAGGCAUUAGAGGAAAGCCCAGAAACAUGCUACUCAAGGUGGAGAAAAAGAGAGGACUUCUUUGAUGUACUAGCAGAAACUUUGGAGGGUGUAAUCAGUUGUCUAGAUGCGACUGCUUCUAGUGUCACUGGUGCUAAAUCCAUGCAUGCCCAGGUACUCUCUACUGCACUGAGAAAUGUUGAUUUUAUCAUUUCACUUAUAAUUAUAAAAAAUGCUUGUGCUCCUCUUGGCAACUGCAGCACAGUAUUCCGUUGCGGGAAUCCUGCUGAUAUUCUCUGCGAGGUUGAAAAAAUUCCCUCCAUCAUAGACGCACUUGGUAAAACAUUGGCAAAUAUUACCUCUGUGCACCACUCUUGGUUUGAGCAGGCAUUUCAACUCGCAACUAAAAUAGCUCCUGAACAAGUGUGUUUUUCCGAGGAGGUCAACAGCUAUGAAUCUCCAGAAGUUUAUUAUAGAGAGAAUCUGAGCAUUCCUCUUCUUAAAAAUCUGAUUGAUGAAAUGAAUUACAAUUUUUCCACUGGACAUUUGAAAGCUUUGUCAGUCUUAUCUUUGCUACCUUCCUGCAACCCGCAACCUAUGCUAGCUGAGUCCACAGACCAGCCCCUCAGUUUGUACCUCAAAGAACUUUCUGAUCCAGAGACAGCAGAACAGGAAGUCAACUCCUGGUCUGCUGUGUGGAGAGAGAAGUACCAGGAUGUAGCUCCUCCAACAUCCAUAGCCGAAACACUGGCCCAUGUAGAAUCCAAAACCCACCCCACUGUGACCCUCCUGCUCAGACAAGCGGCGGUCCUGCCCAGUGUCAGUAUGGAGUUUGACUUGAUGAAGACCACCCUGAACUCCAUAAGAGAGGUUUUCAAAAACACAGUGUGCAGAGGCAGUAAACUGGAUCACAUGAUGCUCCUCUCUCAUGCCACGACACUGCAGAGGCUGCCAGAGGUGAUUGAAGCGUGUAUCGAGCUCAACCCAGAGAGUCGACCGUGUCUUUCAAAGGUCAUGGCAACGUUACAGAAGCUACAUUUGGAAAGCGAAGUUGUCGAAGUGGAUGUUGCGAUGGAAGAAAUAAACGGCACCACAGCGACGGCAGAGCAGCUCCCAGAGACCUCAGAAGUUACAGAAGGACAAAGGAAGCCAGUAUCUUUCUAUGACCCUCAACAACGUGAAGAAAUAAUCAAGGAACUUUCGGACUCGCGCUUUUUCACAAUUAUAACUGAACAAGCGGUCGACGUCGAGGGUCACCAGUACAUCCCUCUGUGCAUCCGAUAUCUAAACAAGGAGGAUAUCCAGUGUGAAGAGACAUUGGCUUUUGUUCCUUUCUGUGAAGAUGUGGUUAGCCUUACGGAGACAGUGGAGAGAGUGUUGUCUGAGAAGUGGGGGCUCAAAAUGGAGAAUUGCAGAGGACAGGCCAUACUGAGUGUGGGGGAAGUAGGUGCACAGAUGAGCGCGGUUAGUCUGGCCCUCGCAGCAAAGUACCCAAAGGCUGUUAGAACAAUCAGCUCUGCCCUGUCCUUGAAUGUGUGGCUGGCCAAAUCUUCUCCCAUGACAGAAAUAGCCAAUGGCACUGUUUUGAUCCAGAAGAUUUUACAGUGGUUCACAGAGGAUGCAGAGAGGCAGAACAGACUAGAGGAGAUGAUCUUACAUGUGUUUAGUCGCGAUGAAGGAAAGGGCAAUGAGCUUAGGGACAAACUCAUUAAAAAGUGGGAUAAGAGUCACAAUAUGCACCAGGUGAUGUUGGAGGUGUUGGAAGCAGUUGUGUUGUGUUUGAAUGAAAUGAAAAGUCAGGGGCAUACAGCUGAACAGAAGCAAGCUGUAGAGUUCUUCAGCGCAAUCAGAAACUUUGACUUUAUCUUAGGGACAGUGGUGCAGAACAAUGUCCUCAAGGUAACCAACACAUUAAGCGAGGGGCUGCUGGGAAAACCUUUAGAUGUGCUACUUGCUGUAAACAGUUUAGCUGACCUUAAAGCUCAGCUUAAACAGCUGCUGGCUGAAGUCGACUCCCAUCACAAGGCCUGGUUUGAAGAAGCUGUGGCAUUGGCCUCCAAACUAAAUGUCACACUGUUGCAUUCUGCCCUUUUAGAGCCACUGAGUGAGUUUUACAAAAGAUCAGUUAGCACCAAGGUUAUCGAGCAUUCAAUAAAAGAAAUUGAGGAUGUCUUCACAGAAAAAGUAACAGAUACCCUGCGGUGUCUGGAGAUCGUGCCUUACGCAAUGUCCAAAGUAGAAACCAGCAUUCUGAGUGGUCUUGUUAUUGAUCUGUACAAGGAGGACUUGCCCGAUGAGGCCUCCCUCCACAUUGAGCUGAAGCAGUGGAAGGACAAAUGGUUGGAUCCUUUGGCGGGUUAUCUCCCCACUACUGUGCUGGAUGCCCUGCAGACAUCACAGACCAAGAGCUUUGUCAACAUAGAGACUCUCCUCAGACUACAGGUCAUUUUGCCCUUCUCGAGGAGGGAGAGCAAUUUCAGGCAGGGAAAGCGAAGCCUACAGGAGUUUGUUCAACAGGACAGACGAUCGCUUAGGGAGCUCCAUCCUCUGGAAUAGCUGCAGGUCUUCCGUUGCGUUCAAUAAAUCUAAGAUGUCAUCACCCCAUAAUUAACACCAGUUUUCUCCUGGAGCUGUGAUGUUCUGAGCUCUGUACAUUAUCUUUAUUCUUUCAUUUUGUGAUCAUAAUAAGAGCAAAUUCUUAUCCUAUGUUUAGUUUCAUAUGAUGUAGUUUGUAUAGUUGGUACUGUCCAAUGGGACCAAUGUCUUGGCAAAAACUGCUCCACUGACGGUUGUCGAUGCUUCUGUGCCUUGAUGCAGACACUCAUUGUUUCCUUACACAACAUUAAAAUGUCCCAUUGGCAUUUUUAUCAUUACCAAAAACAGACCAACUUGAGGUAAUUCACUAUUCUGAAUUAUUCUACCCUUGCGUCUAAUUUCUUAUGUUUCCCUGUAUAUUUACAGGAAUAAAUUUGCUGUUAACGUAUCUUUAAAAAUUAUGUUUCCUAUAUAGGGAAAACUUCAUAUAUAUUUGUCAAAAAAUGAAUAAAAUGCACAAAAAGA